AUGUUUUAUAUGCCUUUUGUUUCAAUCACGGUUUUCACGACGUUACAACACUAUCUAUCUAUCUAUCUAUCUAUCUAUCUAUCUAUCUAUCUAUCUAUCUAUCUAUCUAUCUGUUAUGGUCCUGUUUCUGACUUGAAGUACCUGUUCUUGGUAGGAGGAUUUGCCGAAUCACCAAUGCUGCAGCAUUUUGUCCGACAAGAAUUCGGAGAUAUCCUCAAAGUGAUCAUUCCACAAGGAGUUGGAUUAUCCAUUUUGAAAGGUGCUGUGCUCUAUGGCUUAGACCCGUCGGUGGUCAGUAUACGCCGCUGUCGUUUGACCUACGGCGUUGGUGUCUUGAACAAAUUCGACGAGAACAAGCAUCCGCAGGAUAAGCUAUUUACAAAGGACGGCAUGAAUUGGUGUUCGGAUGUCUUCGACAAAUUCGUGGUCAUCAACCAGCCAUUAAGGGCCGGAGACACGGUGGUUCGUAGCUAUACGCCGGCUAAGAUUGACCAGAAGCUGAGCAUCAUCAAUAUCUAUGCAUCCGACAAGAAGGACGUCCAGUUCAUCACCGACCCUAGUGUCCGGAAAUGUGGCACUCUAUCACUGGAUCUCUCCACGGAAAGUCCGAUUACCCCAACGCGGAGAGAGAUUCAGACCAUCAUGUCCUUUGCUGACACGGAGAUCCGGAUGACAGCAUUGGACGUCCUCACAGGGAAAUCGGUCAAAUCAACCAUUGAUUUCUUGGAAUGA